AUGGCAGAUAAGGGAGCGAGUUCUGGGGAGGGAACAUCGAAGACCUGGCCCGUUUUCAAAGACAAGGGUGAGAGCUUGAUUCCGGCGAAGAAGAAGACGGUGAAGAAGAUGAUGGCUGAGUAUAUAGGCCAAUCUGCUGCUUCUGCUGUCAACAAUUUCUUGGACAAGAAAAAGAUCAAGCCUGGGUCCUUUGAUGUUGGCUAUAACUCUCGAAGCAAUUAUUGUCAUCGGGUGUCAGGGCGUCGUGCCGGUCCCGGCCCCAACUGCUCCACCGACGACACCAAUCCAACACAAAAACUGCUUUAA